AUGAGCGCCAAUAUGCAAGUCUGGGGCGCCGACCUCUUCCUCAUGGAGAAUUGGGAGGAGGCAUCGGCAUUGACCGACGAUGACCAACUGGAUCGGAUAUUCUCAUCUUUCAUCCAGCUACCCUUUUCUCAGCGCCAUGUCUACACACAGCGCGCAAAAGAUCAGGGCCUGACCAGACCCACAGACCUUUCUCCGGCAGACCAGGACCUAGUCAGCCGGCUUCGAACGCCGGAAGAACGGCAAAUUGUUGACAUGAUCUGGUUGCGCACUUGCUACGAUGUCGGCACCGAUGCAGCUUUUGCGGCAUUCAUGCAAGCGAGACCGGACGAGACGGAGUUGUACAUCUUCCAAGACCCCAGUCGCUACAACUAUGGCGGCGGUGAUGGCUGGCGGCGCAUCUUUACCCGACUUCCGCAGAUCCUGGAUCCUUAUAGGCGCUCGUCAAACGACUAUGAGGCCAGGAAACAAAAGGCGCUCGAGAAGUGCAUCGAGGCAGAGCGACAGGACAUCCAGGAGGUAGAAGAUCAGGGCGGCGACCCGGAGGAGGACGGUACCUACUGGCCGGAGCUGUAUUCGGACUAUCACUACAAAGCCAAGGUCGGUAUGGUCCUCGUAGUAGAUGAGGAGACAAUGCGCGCUGCUGCUCAAGAUCCCAAGUCAGCCAAGGUUCUAGCAGUCUGGUUUGACGAGAUGGGCCGCGUGAUCAGACAUACGCGUAUGACUGCCCAAGAGACUUGGAACGUGGAAGGGUUGGAAAUGACCAUGGGAGGAGCUCUCCAGGAACAUGGCGAGUGGACACGUGCUGAACCCGGCGAGGAUUACGACUGGGACGGUCCAUCAGGGCCGCCGUUCGAUCCAGAAGAGGAAGAGUAA